UCCCUGCAUUUCACAGAAAUGACUCAAAGUUGAACAAACUGAAACUUUACAGUAAUCCUGAAGAUGUCCCACAGAGUGGUCACAUUGAUAUUGUUCGUCCUGACGGAUCACGAGAAACUGUGAACUGUCUUUUUCAUGCUGUCAUCCAAGCAACAACUGAUGACCCGAGCAAUGUUGUGCUACAAAAAGUUAAAGAGCUCCAUAGGAAUGUUGGUGAGGAGGUUCUUCUAAAACCAAGCAGGUAUAUAGAUGCUGUAAAGAUCCAGAACAUGUUUAACAUGACAAAUGGCUUAAAUAAAUUUAAUAUCCAUACUGGAGUGCGAGAAUGUGAUCUGGAGAAAUACAGCAAGUACACUAAAAACAAGACACCAAAAAAAAUUAUCGAUGAGUACAAACUCGGAAAAGUGGACAACCACAAGUGCCUUUUAGCCAUGGAGAAGCCUACAGCAGGAGUGGUGGCACAGCACAUUCCACCAAAAAGUACAUGGACUGCAGUCCUUCAACUCCUCAAAACAAACCCACAGAUUUCUGCCACUUUAGAGCAAAAGAACAACGAAGCUUUCUACUUAAUGAAGAAAAUGAAACAUGACCCAGAUGGAAAACAGCAGCUCUGCAUGAACACGCUGUACACAGAUCACCAGCAUGCUCUGAGCAGUGGAAACCGUGUAGAAUCCAGAGCCUGCAGACGGUUCCUGACAAACACCUUUUUAAGUGGAGAUACAGAGAAAGCUCUGAAGCUCUCCUUAAUGACGGCCCAUCCUCAAUGCUCGGACAACAUCUGGAACGAUCUUGGUAUUCGUCAUCAGUUCAGUACAUGUGAUCCCGGACUUGCUGUGAUGGACAGGAACGAGUACUACAAGAGAGCAUUUAAAGACAUAGUGAAAAAAUACAGCAAAUGGGAUCUCAUCGACCAAGACCAAGCCAUCCGACUACUACAGUGGGUGCACAAAGACCUAUUUCUGGACAAAACUACCGUGGACUAUAAAGAAAUAAUUCAUGCUAUAAAAGAUGCAAAAAAGAAAAGAAACACAAGCAGAGAUCAACUCUGAGCAGAGAGAAAUGUUUGCUUACCCAUAAUUCAUGUUUUUCCACAUUUGAUUGACAGAAUGCUAAGCAUACAUCCCUUUUACAUUAAAGGUGCGGUGCACAAUGUUUGAAAGCCAAUGUUGACAUUUGAAAUCACUAAAACAAACACGCCCCUAACCCAAAUGGGUGUCACCCCUGUUUUGAUAGCUCCGCCCCACACAUACAUACG